GUGGAGGCUAUUCAUGCACCCCUCUUUGGCAGAAUGCGAAAAAUCCAGAAAUCCAUAAUGUUCGAAUGUUGGUCUCACCCAAGUCAUAUGUCAGCAUGAUCAGGAGAAAAGGGGAUUGGAUGAUUCCAUCCAUUAAUAUUCCAGAAUAUGUUAAAGGCCCGUUCCCAAAGGAAGUGGUGAAGAUGAAGUCCACUGCUGCCAACUCAAUGAAAAUGAUUUAUGAAAUCUCAGGCACUGGAGCUGACCGACCUCCCAAAGGUCUUUUCACAGCGAACAAAUAUUCAGGCAUGUUGUCUGUGACCAAAGAACUGAACAGAGAGGAAACUCAAGAAUACAUUAAUCCCAUCCCAUCCCAACACAACAAGUGCUGCUGCUGUUGCUUCUCCUUCUGAGGAGGAAAAGUGGCGGAAAGCAGAAACAGUUUAUCCACCAAGAAGAAGACGGGGACAAUAUGAGGAAGGAGGAGGGGAAGAAGACCAGGUGUACAUCCUCUUCCAUUGUUCUUCUUCCACUGAAGCAGUUUACUGUUCUUAAGCCUUUAGUGCUCAGUUUUAUGUUGUUUGUGUUUGUGUGACAGGAAUAUGAUAUAAGCUUGUUGCAUAGGGGACCUGAGGUUUUCUGUACAGACAUUGCCCCAACGGCCUUACCUGUGGUCUUCUAUCAGCAACAUUGAGAGGAGAAAGAAGAGAUUGGAAACUUAAUUUAUGAUGUAUGUAUUCUGCCGGAACAUGUCCUAGUUGGUAAUAUCACAGCAACGGACGGUGGCUUAUAUACAUGUCUAAUUAUGUGUGAUUGUGUAGAAUCUAUACACUGCAAACGAUGAGCACUAUGUGGCACCAUAUGACUCUGUGCUGGUGUUUGGUUGCGAGGGAGAGGGCUCCUACAAUUAUUAUUUAACUACUUAUUUUUAAACACAAUUCACAAUCGUAUUUGAUCAAACUAUACAAUGAUGACUCUAAGACAUUAUAGAUAUUACAGUUUCAUUUUCUGUUAAUGCAUGAUCUUCUGUAAAGCUGCUUUGAAACGAUACAUGUUGUGAAAGGCGCUAUGCAAAUAAAACUGACUUGAUGCAGGAUCUCAGCUCUCUGUAGUCAUCCAGCAGUAAAGGGGAUCAGGACUAUGAGCAGCUGCAGUUCUGGGGGUCUCCGUUCAGAAGAUUGGCUGACAUGUAUGCAGAAGGAGAGGAGGAGUAAUGCAUGCUCUGAUCACAACAUUACUAGAAUGAACAGUAUGUGAUCUUAAUGAAACAGUGCCUCUCUGGGAGUAGAGUGUGCA